ACCAUCUGUUCUAGAUUUCUAGUGCUCUAUAUUAGCGUCCUGAUUCUCUAAAAAUACUUCUUAAAGCGAAAAACAAAGACAGAAUUUAUCUUUCUUUAAAAUGUUACGACCUAUAUCGGCAAUUGGCCGAAGAAUUUCGUUAUCGAGUAAUUCGAAGGACUCGAUCAGGACUAAAGUGGUCCGUCCCGCUUCUCUCUUGAAACCGGCAGAAAAGAUUAAGCUGUACAAUAAAGAGAACAAAGAGCUUUUCGGCCCGUUAUUGGAGACAAACAAGCAGAGGAAACAGAAAUUACGGAAGUCUGCUAAAAAUAGCAAACUCGCGGAUCAAAACAACGGAGCGUCGGCGUCUAGCGAAAGUGCAGCGAAAUUCGACGGUAGCGCUAAGAAAAAUGAUAUAACCGGCCUCAAAUACAAUCCUGUUUUGCCGGUGGAGAUUUUUAAAAGAAAAAUGUGGCAGAAUACGAGGACUUGUGUUAGUUUUGUGGGUGUGCUGUUAAAUAAUGCUAGUGUGAGAGGUUUGAAGACUUCAGCAGCCGUCAGUGCGGCUAGAAGCACGGCUGCAGAGCAGGGUUAUGUGUCAGAGGACAAGAUACUUCAGAUCAAGCCCUACAGAAAUGAUUAUGCCCAGCAAUAUCCGUCGGUGACUCUGAUUCUGAACAAAACUAUGACAAAUGAAUCUAGGGCAGCAUUAGAAAAGUGGAAACAGGAAAGGAUUGCUGAAAUGGGACAAGAGGAGUUUGAUCGAUUUUAUCAAGCUCAAUUGGCUCUCGGCUCGAAAUUCCACAGCACGCUCAAAGACUACUUCACUCAGCCGAAGUCUCAGCACCGCAUAGAGAAAGAUGUGGAGCCGGUCUGGAAUUCGGUAGCGGAGGUCUUGAAGCACAUAUCAUCUCCGAAAGCCAUCGAGUCCAACGUAGUUCACCCAGUUUUGAAAUACAGAGGGGUAUUUGAUGCUAUAGCCUAUUAUGAAGACAAGCCAACCGUCAUCGAAUGGAAGAAAUCCGACAAGCAACGCAAAUCCAUAGCCACGACCUACGACAACCCAGUCCAGCUAGCAGCCUACUUCGGAGCAGUCUGCAACGACCUGAACUACAAGCAUUUGAACGUCCGGGACGCUCUCCUAGUCAUCGCCUACACCGAUGGUUCCAAAGCUGACUAUUAUCACCUCUCGAUGGAUAAACUGAGGGAACAUUGGGCGCAGUGGCUGAUACGGUUGGAGGCAUAUAUGAAGAAACAUGGACAGGACUCGGAGAAGAUUUUGAAAGGCGGGAAGAGAUUGUUUGAAGAAGAAAUUGGGAAUCUCCAGUAAUUAAUGCGGGGAUAAAGCUGAUGAUAAAUUCAACUGAAGAAAUAAAGAAGAACUAAUUCAAGCUACUUGCUAAAUUUGUGAGUCUCGAUUAAUGUAAGAUUUGUUAUGAAAGAAAAAAGACUGUUGUUGAAGUUGUAAUCGAUAUAGUCUUCCCAA